GUCAGUGUAACCCUCCGCCUGCGGUAGAUGUGCUGAGGCUGGAGUAGCCACCAUUUUGCAUGUCUAGUGUGUUCCUCCCUCUAUUGCUAAUAGAGACGAUUCCAGUUAUUUUCUGGCAUCAUUACGGCUAAGAAUGCCAGCUCCGAUCAGACUGCGGGAGCUGAUCCGGACUAUCCGGACGGCACGGACCCAGGCAGAGGAGCGUGAGAUGAUCCAGAAAGAGUGUGCUGCUAUCCGCUCGUCCUUUAGAGAGGAAGACAAUACAUACCGUUGCAGAAAUGUGGCGAAGCUACUUUAUAUGCACAUGUUGGGCUACCCAGCUCACUUUGGGCAGCUGGAGUGCCUGAAGCUGAUUGCGUCCCAGAAGUUCACUGACAAACGAAUAGGUUAUUUGGGAGCUAUGCUGCUGUUGGAUGAGCGGCAGGACGUCCACCUACUAAUGACAAAUUGCAUCAAGAAUGACUUGAAUCACAGCACACAGUACGUCCAGGGCCUGGCCUUGUGCACUCUUGGCUGCAUGGGUUCCUCAGAAAUGUGUCGUGACUUGGCUGGGGAAGUUGAGAAGCUGCUCAAAACAUCCAACUCCUACUUAAGGAAAAAGGCGGCGUUGUGUGCAGUCCAUGUCAUCAGGAAGGUUCCAGAACUUAUGGAAAUGUUCCUUCCAGCCACAAAAAACCUGCUGAGCGAGAAAAACCAUGGUGUUCUCCAUACAUCAGUUGUCCUCCUAACUGAGAUGUGUGAAAGAAGUCCUGACAUGCUGGCCCACUUCAGAAAGAAUGAGAAGCUGGUUCCACAGUUGGUAAGAAUCCUGAAGAACCUUAUCAUGUCUGGAUACUCUCCUGAGCAUGAUGUUUCAGGCAUAAGUGAUCCAUUCCUGCAGGUGCGGAUAUUGAGACUACUGAGAAUUUUAGGCAAGAGCGAUGAUGAGUCCAGUGAAGCGAUGAAUGACAUUCUUGCACAGGUUGCAACAAACACAGAGACAAGUAAAAAUGUAGGCAAUGCAAUUCUGUACGAGACUGUACUGACUAUAAUGGACAUCAAGUCUGAAAGCGGGCUGAGGGUCUUGGCCAUUAACAUACUGGGACGCUUCCUUCUUAACAAUGACAAAAAUAUCAGAUAUGUGGCAUUGACAUCUCUACUAAAGACGGUUCAGACAGACCACAAUGCAGUUCAGAGGCAUCGGAGCACCAUUGUGGACUGUUUAAAAGACCUGGAUGUGUCCAUCAAGAGACGUGCAAUGGAGCUGAGCUUUGCCCUGGUGAAUGGCAACAACAUAAGGGGCAUGAUGAAAGAGCUCCUCUACUUCCUGGACUCGUGUGACCCUGAAUUCAAGGCAGACUGUGCAUCAGGAGUCUUUUUAGCUGCAGAAAAGUACGCUCCUUCAAAAAGAUGGCACAUAGACACCAUCAUGAGAGUCCUGACAACAGCAGGGAGCUAUGUGCGAGAUGAUUCUGUUCCCAACCUCAUUCAACUCAUCACUAACAGUGUGGAGAUGCAUGCCUACACAGUACAGAGACUUUACAAAGCACUACUGGAUGACAUUUCGCAGCAACCUCUAGUGCAGGUGGCAUCCUGGUGCAUAGGAGAGUACGGAGACCUGUUGGUGUCUGGACAGUGUGAAGAGGAGGAGCCUAUUCAGGUGUCUGAAGAUGAAGUUCUGGAUGUGCUUGAAGGUCUUCUUGUGUCCAACCUGUCCACACCUGUGACCCGGGGUUAUGCUCUCACUGCCAUCAUGAAGCUGUCUACUCGCUUCAGCAGUGUCAACCGAAUCAAGAAGGUGGUUUCAAUUUAUGGCAGCAGCAUCGACGUGGAGCUUCAGCAGAGAGCAGUGGAGUACAAUGCGCUUUUCAAGAAAUAUGACCACAUGAGGCCAGCUCUUCUAGAACGAAUGCCCGUCAUGGAGAAGACGGCUUCUAAUGGCCCCACGGAAAUAGUCCAGACAAAUGGGGAGACGGAGCCCUCUGUUGUGGAACCGAAACAUCCACCACCUGUCACCCAGCCAGCCAACCAGGCUAAUGACCUAUUAGACCUGCUUGGCAGUAAUGAUGUGGUGUCAGUGAUCCAGACCACAAUGCCCACUAAACCAGCCUCAGUUGGAGGAGAGCUGCUUGAUCUGCUGGGUGAUCUCUCACUAAGUGGUGGCCCUCCCCCUGCUCCUGCUCCCUCUGUGCCCACUUCCCAACCCUCUUUCCUCCUGGAUGGGCUCUCCUCACAGCCCCUCUUUAAUGAUAUUGCAGCUGCAGCUAUUCCUCCUAUGACAGCAUACAACAAGAACGGUCUGAAAAUAGACUUCACGUUUGAGAGAGCUAACCCCAAUCCAAACAUCGCAGUCAUCACCAUCCAUGCUUCCAACUCAACAGAGGCAGAUAUGACGGACUUUGUUUUUCAGGCUGCAGUACCAAAGACAUUCCAGCUGCAGCUCCUCUCUCCUAGCAGUAAUGUUGUCCCAGCACUCAACCAGGGAACUGUCACACAGGUCAUCAGAGUCCUCAACCCACAGAAGCAACAGCUACGAAUGAGGAUCAAGCUGACAUACACCCUCAAAGGCUCGCCUGUGCAAGACCUGGCUGAGGUUAAUAACUUCCCCCCUCAGUCCUGGCAGUGAUGGGCUGCUUCUGUCGCUCUUUAAAGCCCCACCAAGGGAACUAUGAAAACGAUUUUCCUUUCACCUCCCUCCUUUUCUUCCAACGGAUCCCCCUGUGACGUCACUGCAGUCCGCUGCCCUCAAGUUGCAUGGGAAGCAGCAGAGCAUCUAACAGGAGAAAAAUACAGAUGUUACGAAGACCCUUUUGACUAUUGGAAUCCCCAGAAUAAUUGGGAAACAUAUCAAUCAAUGAACUUUUGUAUUUUCUUUUCUUAAUUGGUUUUCAUUAACUCUUUGCGUAGUUGUACAAUUUUUUCACACCCUUUGCCCAGCACCAUUACCGCUCCCACAAUAGCACAUAUGCACACCAUCCACUGUGGUGCACUUUACCUCUUAUGUCACUGUAGAGACAAAGUGUGACCACUAUGAGCACUGCAGUAACUUUAGUUUUACUCUCAUUCAUAAUUAGCUAAAAUGCAGUUGAAACAAAUUGCUUGAUUAAUAUUUGUGAUUGGCUUUGCAUUCAGGUCUUUUAGUAUGAACCUACAGUCCUACAAUGGCAGCAGAAAAACCUUUGAAAGGUCUCGUAAGUAACAAGGACUUAGUGGAUAACCCAUUUAACCCCAGUAUAUGAUAUAUAACUUGUCAGAGUUGUAUUCAUUUUGAAUUACAUUAAUUUGCUUAAAGCAUGUUUGAGCAUUGUUAGGAUCGCAAUCACACCUCAACUCAAGCUCUAAGGGGAUAUCCUGGUUCAGGUAGUUGGCCUCUUCAUCCUAUAUUUUUAUAGGAAGUUGUCUGUUCUGUCUCUGUGAUAAGAUCGUAGACAGAUCCACCAUGCCCUGUCUGGCUGAUUUCAGAAAAUUUGCUCAGAUCUACCUGCACAACUCUCUUAAAAUCAUCUCAUCUGUAGCUUUAGGUUAAGAUCUGUAUUUAAAAUAUGAAUGGUUAAUUGCUUUCAUAGUGUGAUAAAGUUUGUUCAUUCAGGAUGGAUACAAUCCACGGCUAAAAUCUAUCUUAAGAGAAAGCCGAUUGCAUUUAUGUCUAAGAUCUACGUUUAAACUUUUUCUGCAUCUGUGUCCUCACAGUGUAGCCUGCAAUUGAAAUACAUUUCAGAUUUGUUUUAUCUGGUUGAACUUAAGUCACCAUGCACAUAUAUGUAAAUGAAGCUUGUUAUGAAUGUAGUUACAUGCACUGAAUGCUUUUUUUCCCUCAAGUCUUCUUUUUCAUGGCCGUCUACUUUGAUGGAGACGUCGUUCUUAUCCGCACUAUUUUUGUGAAAGUAUGUUUUAUUUCUGCAGUAAUUUGACUUAAUUAUUUAUGCCUGAUAUCAAAGUGAUGUGCCUUUCUGACUUAGCUAGAUAAAAGCCCCUGAACUAUGGAGUUCUGUAUGAGCUUCGUUUGUAAGUCUGCUUGUGUGUUUAAGCCUGAGGGGAACGGUCCUGAUGAAUUUGAAUUGGUAUAUCACUUCAUUUUACACUUUUACUUUUUCACUUCUGUACCUCAUACCGAGUGCGAUCAGUCACCUACUGGUACUGUCCCAUCUGGAUGUCCACAGCGUUGAAGUUUAUCUAAACAAAUAUACCAACAUGAUCCUGUUCUUUCUUUCAUACUGUACAUUUAAAAAUUCUGGUUUAAUGGUAUCAAAACAAAUCAAAUUAAAGAUUAUGGCAGCUAAUAGAUGCAAUUUAAACAGGCUGGCAUUAAGUGUUAUCAGAAAUUGUUUCAUUGGAGUAAAAUAUCAUUGAGAGUCUCCCCAUCAACAAACAUUAAAAUGUGAGAUUGGAUCAGGUGGUGAGGUACUGGGAUGGGCUGUUCUGUGAUGACUGUUAGUUUGAUUUUUUUGGCUCUCGUCUUCUCCAAAUCAGAUUCUGGCCAUGCUGUCGGGGACAGUAACCUGAAUACCUCAAAAUGUUCUCUCUUUCUGUUAACUUUCAGUUGCAGUAAAUUGACCCACUUUGUGAAGUCAAGAAUUGCAAUCAAGAGGAGCAUCUGCAUGAAAGAAACUAACAGUUUGAACAUGCCAUUACUAAACAAGCUUAGCAGCCCUGUGAUGUUGUGUUGAGAUCCUCAGAUGUUCAAUCAGGCUGUAUUCUUUUUUUCUUUUCACUAUGCUUCACUUAUCUUCUAACUUCUGUGACCAAAUCAGAGAAACUAUUAGCUUUGGAAAUAUUUUUGAGCUAUGAUAUGUGUAUAUGGAGAAAAUUAUUUCAGUUUAACCUUUUUCUGUUAUUGACAAAUGCUAUAUUGGCUUUUUUUUGUACAUAUUGAGGGCUUUUACAAGUUUGUCUCUUGUACUAUCUUUCAUCAUUUUUUUAGAUACCAUUUUCUAAAAAUUCCAAUUAUUCACAUGUAUAUUGUCUAAAUAGAUUAGUCAACAAUAGUCUAUAUAGACUUCCCUGUAUCAUCACUCAUUCAUUGUAAAAGAUAUAUGAUCUGCUGCCUGUACAUUGUAUAUAGUUGUAAAACAAAAGCUGAUCAAAUUAAAUAAAACCCACAUGAAGACAUAAGAUUAGCUAGGAAGUAUAAUUGUAUGCAUAUGUACAAAAAAUCUUAAAAGGAUGCAAUUGAACUGCAUUUGAUUAACUUUUCUUCUUUCUUCAAUCAUGAUUGGAUGUGUCAUCUUUACUUCUUUUAUAAAGGUGGUUUGGUGAGUCAGCAGGCGACUAAUUGGGGGUUUCUUAUGAUUUUGAAAUAAGGGUUGAGUCUGUCCUAACAGAUGCUGUCUGAAUGAUGUACUCUGAGAAACCUAAGCACAGUGCUGCAUAGCAGCAGAAGUGGCACCUUGCUUAAUCUGCUUCCAACCCUCAAACGCCUCUGUCCACGCCCUCUCUCAAGGGGCAGGUUUUGCCAAGAUGUAACUCUUCUUUUUGGCCUUAUAUGUGGUGGAUUGUCUGCACCAGUGACAAUUUAAGUCUAUUAAACUCUCUUGAACUUACAAAUUGAUUUGUGAAAUUUUGCCCCUUGGUCUUGGUGUGCUUUCACAGUUGCCUGGUUAUUUUUUCAUCUGACAUGUAGCACCUUUCUGAAAACAUCAAUCAGGCCAGGCCCUACUUCUAUCCUCUUAAGAGUUAUCUUUCAUCGGUCCAGUAGGUUUAAGUUGCAAUUGAGGUUUAUUCAAACAAGAGCUCAAAGAUGUUUUAUGUGCUAAGUGUGUGCUGGUACAGUGCUGUCUAUACUUGGUUUGACAAGGCUUUCUUCUGGCUAUCUUUCUUUGCUUUUGUUCCUUGUUGCUAAUGUUUGUUUCUUCUUGCACACCUCUCAGCUUCUGUUAGUUGUCUCUGAUAUGAAAGGUGGAGCUGAAACAUGAACACAUCAUGUCAAGUUGAUCUGAGCCCUUAUUUGUUUGAAUUUUACUUUACAUGGAAGUUUAUCAUGGAAAUAUAAGAAGAAGGAAGGUUUAUUUAGUCUGUGUGUUUAUACAGAGCUGCUUUAUCCCCUUUACAACCCUGGGACAAGCCUGUGCUAUAUGUUAAUAUCCACAAGGGGGAGUUGUGCAAAACAUAGGGCUGAUAGUAUGGGAAAGGAAGUUUGAUACAUCUAUUCCUGAAUGUUUAUGUUGGUGUUGUGUGUGUCUUAUUCAACCAGUAAUCUUUCAUCCACUUCUGAUUAGUUUAUUUUCAACGAUGAUGUAUCUCAUGCAGUUUUCAAUGUAAAAAAUGGAAAUAAACCCAACAUAAGUGCUCUGGACACUAUUAACUCAAAAGGAAGAAAAGCAAAGGAAACAAAUGUCCAUCAGCAUUUGAAGUGAAACUUGUAUGUGUGUUUGUGCGUGUGUGAGAGAGCGAGGAUGAUGGUGUGUUACAUGUCUUUUCUCUAGAUAGGACAUGAUUUCUGGCUGCAGUUUCAACUUUCAGCUUCUGAGCUGCAUGUGAAAACCAGUGUAAAUAAUGUCAUUUCUACUCUUGACCUGAAGCUUUUUUUUUGAAAUGCAAGAAAAGUUUAAAUUAUAAAAUCUGUCAUGCCACUUUAAAGGGUCAGUGCUAACAUGUACAAGAAGAAGUUAUUCAGAUUGUCCUUAAAAUACUGUCAGGGUUUCUAAGAGGGCAAAGAAAGUGCACAUCAAUCAUUUGGAUAAAUUGGAUAGUUGUUUUUUUUUUUUCAAUUUCUUUUUAAUUUUUAGGGUGAAUUCAGUGUUUAAAGGGCUGGAAGAGCAUCUGAAUUGCCACCAUGUUCACUUUCCCUGUUGAAUUAAAAAAAAUUAAAAAAUCCAUUGUAUUUUCAAAACAAAUCUGUUUGUAACCCCUGAGGCCUGUCCGGACUGUACAACAAUAAGGUUACUGGUUUGCUGGGAGAGGGUAGAGGCAUGGGGUUCACUUUUUCCAGUCGAGUAUGACAUGUUGAACUGGAUUCCAGUUCCAUGGCUUCAAGGUGAGUGUGAAUGUCAGACUGAAAGUAUGAAAUAAUGAUUAAAGAUGAAAAGCUGUAAACUAUUAAAUGGGAUAUUUUCAAUUUAUGCUGUGUAUUCUUGUCUUUGGGUUGGAGAAAAUGAUCAAGCGAAUAAAAAGUUAAAAUCUA